AUGACACCGAACAACACAUGGAACCUCUUACUACAGCAGCUCCGAAACACCAAAGCAAUCAAAUAAAAUACAACAAGAACUGGUAUCACUAUGUUACUCAUACGUUGUUUGGAGAAAGCCACGCUCAUUAUUGUGCUGUGGAGUCUUUGCAGCUUUUUAUUUCUGGAGGGACUGCCAAUUAGCAAGAGGUCAAUCAGCGAAGUUCAGCUGAUGCACAAUGUUCGGGAGCACAAGGAGAUGUUAGACAGACAGGACUGGCUUCAGUUGAAGCUGAACAAUAUCAUCAUACCCUCUGUAAACGAUUCCCAGAAAGAGAGAAAAGGGAAAACCAACGGCCCAUCUGUCAAACGUUUAAGAAAGGGGGAAGGUGCGACCUGGAGCUUUUACUGAUAAUGUCAAAACCAAGUGUUUUUUGAAAAGCUAAUGAACUAACGUCAGGGCAGGAGAGAGGACACAGUAAGUGUCAAUUAAAAUAUACUGUUGUACUUGGAGAAAGUCCACUGAUUUACUUAUGCUUUUCUAAAAUAGUAUUUUUAUUUAUUUAAUUAAUGUAUUUAUUUAUUAAUUUUUGUUAUUUAGAUAUGAAAGCAUAAUGUUCAGACCCUGUGUAGGACACACAAAGGGCAUUGUCUUAACCCUGCAGUAGACCUAUGCCAAGUAAAGUUUUGGUUCUGUGUGUAUUUAUUCUUUAAAUGUAUUUUCUAGAAAGUCAUUGUAAUUUUUUAGACAUCCAACUAUUGCACUAAUAUGUGGACCAACUGCAUUUCUCACUGUUCACUAUAUUACAUACACAACAACCAAGUGAGAUUGACUUACUUUGUGUUACUCCUCAUUCUUGCUUUCUUUCUUUCUUUCUUUCUUUCUUUC